UGAUACCAAUUUAAACAAGAUGGGCUGUACAAUGAGUCAAGAAGAGCGGGAAGCUAUAGCUAGAAGUAAGAAAAUUGAAGAAGGUCUGAGGAACGAAGGAAUUGCAGCAGCUAAAGAUAUUAAAUUACUGCUCCUUGGAGCUGGAGAGAGUGGCAAGUCAACGGUUGUGAAACAAAUGAAAAUUAUUCAUAUGGAAGGUUAUUCCAAAGAAGAGUAUUUACAGUACCGGCCUGUUGUAUACAGCAACACAAUUCAAUCAAUGGUUGCUAUGCUGCGCGCUAUGGAUGCACUUGGAAUCAAAUAUUCGUCUGAGGAACGAUAUCGAGAUGCAGACAAUGUGUUUGAAGUUGUUCAGAAUUUGCGAGAUACCGAGCCUUUUUCUCCUGAAACCCUACAAGCUAUGAGCAUGCUGUGGAAAGAUUCAGGUGUGCAGCGUUGUUUUGCCAGAUCAAAUGAAUAUCAGUUGAAUGACUCAGCUGGGUAUUUUCUGGACGAGUUAAAUAGAAUUGGGGACCAAAACUAUCUGCCAACAGAGCAAGAUGUUUUGCGAACUCGAGUCAAAACCACUGGAAUCGUUGAAACACACUUUGACUACAAAAGCCUCAAUUUCAAAAUUUUUGAUGUUGGCGGGCAAAGAUCGGAACGGAAGAAAUGGAUUCAUUGCUUUGAAGACGUGACUGCAAUUAUAUUUUGUUCCGCGAUGUCAGCUUAUGACCAAGUUUUAUAUGAAGAUGAGACAACUAAUAGAAUGCACGAGAGCAUGAAACUCUUUGACUCCAUUUGCAACAACAAGUGGUUCACAGACACGUCUAUUAUUCUGUUUUUAAACAAGAAGGAUCUCUUCGAAGCUAAAAUACCAAAGUCUCCUUUGACUAUCGCAUUCCCUGAAUACUCUGGACGGAGCAACUUUACCGAAGCCAGUGCCUACAUCCAGACGCAGUUUGAGAGCAUGAACAAAUCCAGAGCCAAGGAGGUUUACUCACACAUGACUUGUGCGACGGAUACCAGCAACGUGCAGUUUGUCUUUGACUCAGUCACUGACGUAAUCAUUGCGAGCAACUUGCGAGGACUAGGAUUGUACUAAAAUAUUCCAGAAAGAAUGCAGACGGCGAAAUGAUGCCUUGAUAAGUUAAUUGUUUAGUUAAUUUCAUCGAAGUUUGAAAAAUAAGUAUGAAGGGAACUCAUAAGAUUGCACUUAGCUGACGCAAACUAUUAUCUUAUUUUUCAUCUUAAAAAGAAGAC